ACUUCACCCACUCCUGCCCUCACGUCCAUCCCCGAGGCCCCUUCCACCCUGGUCCCGACACCUCGCAGGAGACUGCCAACCGCUCCCCCGAAGGCCCCCUCAUCCCACCACAGACCGGUCUCUCUCCCAGCAUCCAACCCCGACCGUCAGAGAACCCAACCAUCGGGGACACCAGCCACGGCCGAGGAGAGCCCCGUACCCCCCCCCGGGCCCUCCCCUACCUCUGCACCGGAAAUAGGAGGUUCACCCCCUCCGUUUCCAAUCUACCCCCAGGUCGUCAUUCAGACCUCGGAUAAGACAGUCCGUGCUCCUUUAAUGGAAGCAUCCCCGGCUCUGGCGACGCACCCCCACGUCAGACCUCGGGCCCUUUCCCCACCCCCCACAUGCCCACUGAGUGCGUCCACUCCUCUGCCCCAGCGUUCUAAAACACGCCUUUCCCUCCGGUCCACCCGUGAAACGCACGAAGCACUUCAAAACCCCCCCACCCCACAACUUUCACCUAUUCUCCCCACCCCAUUCAACAAACCUUCCAUUUCGUCGCCUUCAUCUCCCUCCAUUCUCCCCCAACAGGCAACUGAAAAACACUCAGAGCCAACCUCCCAUCACCCCACAGGUGGCACACUGCCACCCUCACAGCCUGUCACCCGGGAGACUGGGGUUCAACACCAGCCCUCACCCCAG